CUGAGGCGACGAUAUGUCAAAUUGAUGAUAUGAUUUAUUUCUCUCUAAUCUGAGGACACAUACGAAAUUAUUAUACUUUUGAGGCAUUUUAAACAGUAAAAUUGGUACAAAAAUUUUUAGAUCAUGGAUAAAACCUUGCAUAGCGGAUAUUUUCAUCCAGUUCUUCGCCAAUAUCAGGAAUCUAACACUGCUAUUUUACCUAGUAAUUUGAUGUAUCCGGUGUUUGUUAUAAGUGAUUGCGAUGCCGAAAAAAGUAUAUCUAGUAUGCCUUCUGUGAAUAGGUAUGGAGUAAACAAACUAAUUAGUCAUCUUCAUCCACUCGUAGACAAAGGUCUUUCAUCAGUACUGCUCUUUGGGGUGGUUGAUUCCAGUGUGAAGGAUAGAACUGCCACAACAGCAGAUCAAAAUGAAAAUCCAGUGCUACUUGCAAUUAAACUUCUAAAAAAAACUUUUCCCAGUCUUCUGAUUGCAUGUGAUGUGUGUUUGUGUGGAUUCACAGAUCAUGGACAUUGUGGAAUUUUAAAUCCAAAUGGAUCUAUAAAUAAUGAAGCCAGUGUGAAAAGAAUUGCAGAAGUGGCUUUAUCAUAUGCAAAAGCUGGAUGCCAUGUUGUUGCUCCAUCUGACAUGAUGGAUGGUCGAAUCAAAGCUAUAAAGACAGCUUUGCAUGAGGCUGGACUCGGAAAUACAGUUUCGAUUUUGAGCUAUGCUGUCAAAUUUGCAUCAAAAUUCUAUGGCCCAUUCAGAGAUGCUGCGGAUUCUGCCCCAGCUUUUGGAGAUAGGAGGAAUUAUCAAUUACCUCCUGGAAGCAAAGGUCUUGCUGCAAGAGCAGCCGUGCGAGAUAUUGAGGAAGGUGCAGACAUGAUUAUGGUGAAACCAGCCCUUGCAUAUUUAGAUAUUGUUCAUGAAACAAAGAGAAAGUAUCCUGAAUAUCCAAUGUUUGUGUACCAAGUAUCUGGAGAAUAUGCCAUGUUAUACCAUGCUUCUCAAGCUGGAGUGUUUAAUCUCAAAGAUGCUGUAUUAGAAAGUUUAACAUCCAUGAGACGAGCUGGUGCUGAUGUAAUCAUCACUUACUAUGUUCCUCAGCUGUUGAAUGAAUGGUUAUAAAAUUUUCAAGUUCAAAAUUUUACACAAGAUGA